AUGGAAUUGGCUGCUCUUAUUGCUAAGGGUUCCUCUAAACUUCAACUUUUAGAUUCCGUAGAGGCAGCCGAAGAGCAAGCUAUCUUACACAAUCUGGAAGGUCGUGAACAGUUGGAAGAGCGAUUAAUCAACCAGCAUGAACAGGAAUGUAGCAUUGUCGAGUGCAAAAAUUGUAACUUUCGUGGAACUCAUGCUCCUCCAUGGUGUCGAAAAAAGGGACAUGAACUGAAAUUCUCUAAAGGAACUCGGCGCUAUUUUCAAUGCCGCGACUGCAAGAAUCGGACCACCACACUUGACAGAUAUCCUACGGUUCCCUGCGAGUAA